AUGUAUCACAUUCACUUGAUCACUCUUUUCUUUGCACUUGUUCCCUUUAUAUCAAUUACGCCAACGCCAGUUCGAUCAUCAGCCCCGUCAACGACGUCAUCUGCCCCUGCUACUACUGUUACUGUAAGCAAUGGCGAGAAUGUUGACGUUUUGCCCGGAGUUGUCGUCGUCGGUGCCGGAAUAGGAGGUUUCUUCACAGUCAACGGUGUCAAGACACCCAUUGCGGCAGGCGCAGUUGCUGUCGCCGGGUCAACAGCGCCGCAGAUUCCGGACAACCCAAAUGACCCAGAAGACCCAAGCAAGGAGAAGUCCCGCGAUACCGACGCGGAGACAACCCCAGGACCAAAGUCGAGCGGUCCAGUGAGCUCGGAAUUACCAGCAGCAAGCACAACCAGUGAACCCAUUUCAAGUUCGAACCCAAGCAAGACGUCAUCAUCAUCCGCAGCACCGAGCGGCACAAGUGCAGACUACAUCAUUUUUGCCAAGGAGGGCACCACAAAGGAAGACGGCGAUGGUUUCGGUAACACAUUGGCAGGCUUGGUCGGAGCAGAUAAUGUUGAUAUCAUUCACAACGAUAGCGGUGUUGCCAUUGUUUGGCGUGCAAAUCUCACUCCGGAUCAGCUUGCCAAAGUUAAAGCUGACCGUGUUGUUGCUGAAGCUAGGAUAAAUGAUCCUCUUACACGCGACGACCCAGAUGCAGCUGAGAGCCAGGCACCCACGGCCUCUCAACAGAAGCGGGCAGAGGUCACCCAGAGCCCCGUUGGCAACAACGACAUAUUUGACCUACGCACACUUUCAACGCCUCCGAAAGAAAAGGAUAUCCUUCCCAAUUACCGAUAUGACGAUUUCGCAGGCGAGGGUAUAACUAUCUAUGUAGUCGAUACAGGCCCGUUCGUCCUGAAUCAUGAAGAAUUCGAGUCAACCGACAAGCAAGUCACUCGUCGAGAGUUGAAUGUGGCCAGGAACAAGAAAUUCACCAUUCCAGACACUCAACAUGGAACAUGCGUAGCAUCCAAGGCUGUCGGCAAGACAACUGGAGCGGCAAAACGCGCAAACUUGGUCGGCGUGCGUAUUGACUUUACCGCGUUUGGCCUGCUCCGCGGCCUUCAGUCCGCCUUCAACGAGAUUAAGCAAAAGGGACUGAAGGGCAAGGCUGUCGUAACAACUUCGAUUCUCAUGCGACCGCCUGACACUAUUUACACUGCCUCGAUGCGCAGCGUCUUGAAGUCUUUUGUCAACCUGGACAUCCCUAUUGUCGCUGCAGCUUGA